GCAAAUAUGCGGACAGUAUUACUGUUGCAUGAAUUGUAGGACUGGUUGUGGUAUUGACUGGAGAAUCGGUCUAUUAAUACACGCAUUGCUCUCACCGUAAGUCACGUAACAUUGAAACGCUUGCGAAGUGAUCGCACAACACAUGCAUUGCAUUCACAUUCACUCCACUCUUACACUCGGCUCUCAAUACCCGCGACUCCUAUCAUGACAUCCAUUGGACACCAAUUGGCCGCCAAUUAUGUGACAGUCAUAGCCAUCGCCAUAUCGUUGCAUACCAUCACCGCUUCCAACAGCUUAGGGAUGUCAUCACCGGCACCGGGAUGUCGUCCCAGUGAUGGCAGUGUCAUGAACUUUUUUGCCGAACUCACGAGUAAAACACUUUACUCAUCGGUGAUCGACGCCAGCCAUCAAAGCAUACAAUUAUCUCAAACGCAACCUUUGCUUCAAAUGGAUUUUGGAUCUCAUUUACAAUUAGCCGUCGAUUCUGUGAAUAAGAAUAUUUAUUUAUCUUUAUAUAACUUCUCGCGAAUCGAUGUCUUGGAUAUCGAGACAAAACUCGCAACAAAUGCUGUUUUGGGUCGAGAACUGGACGUGUAUUUCGCAGACGUCCUUAACUCAAGUGAAUGUCAUGAGGAUGUGCUCAACCAAUGUCCGGGCCAUAGCNUAUGUUUUAAAACCUAA